UUCGCAAACAAGAUGGCGGCGCCCAGUGGAGUCGAGGCCGCGCUUGGGGUUUGCUGAAGCUGAUUUCUGUCCUGCUUUCCCUUUGGGUGCCACUCGCCGCGAGCGGCAGGACAGGGGCCGGGCGGGGACAAGGGCACUUGCGUGGCUGGACCGUGAGCCCGUGCCCAGCCUGCGCCGCCCCCACCCGGCCCCGGCCCCGGCCCCGGCCCGGCCCUUCCCGAUUCCGUCCCAUCCUUCCCGGUCUCCUCCCGCUUUGACCCGUUGCCCGGCCUUGUAUACUGCUCCAGGCGUCCAAAGCUGAGGUACUUCCUCCAGUCCGGGCCCCCUGUCACUUUAGAGAUGUUUCACCUCUUCUCUCCCGAAAAUUUCGCCUUCCAAACCGGGACGCCUUUCCCUCUUGUAAAAGUCUUCCCUCCAACCCACUUCUGUAGACCUUGGUUCUCCCUUGGUUAGACGUUCACAUACCUUCCAAAUUAACUCCGAACUCUCCACAAUAUUGGCAACCUUGACACCGCCUUCUCUGAGGAUCCAGCCUUCCUUUUGUCCUGAACUCCACAGCUCUAUCAUGGAGGCUGUCUACCUGGUGGUGAAUGGGGUGGGCCUGGUGCUGGACUUGCUGACCUUGAUGUUGGAUCUCAACUUCCUGCUCGUGUCCUCCCUCCUGGCUACCUUGGCCUGGCUUUUGGCCUUCAUCUACAAUCUGCCACACACGGUACUGACAAGUCUUCUGCAUUUGGGCCGAGGAUUCCUGCUUUCUUUGCUGGCCUUAGUCGAAGCAGUGGUCCGAUUUACCUUCGGGGGCUUGCAGGCCUUGUGUACUCUUCUCUAUAGCUGCUACUCUGGCUUGGAGAGCUUAAAGCUACUGGGGCACCUGGCCUCUCAUGGAGCUCUGAGGAGCCGGGAAUUACUGAAUAGGGGCAUCCUGAACAUGGUCUCCAAUGGCCAUGCUUUGCUGCGCCAGGCCUGUGACAUCUGUGCCAUUGCCAUGAGCCUGGUGGCCUAUGUGAUCAAUAGUCUGGUCAACAUCUGCCUCAUUGGCACUCAGAACUUCUUCUCCCUGGUGCUGGCCCUGUGGGAUGCUGUGACAGGUCCUCUUUGGAGGAUGACAGAUGUGGUGGCUGCUUUCCUCGAUCACAUUUCCAGCAGUGCCGUGGCCAUGGCCAUUCUCCUGUGGACCCCCUGCCAACUAGUACUGGAGUUGUUGGCCUCAGCCAUCCGCCUCCUAGCCAGCUGUGUGCUUUUCCACCUCACUGGUUUGGUGUUGCUGGCUUGUGUGCUGGCAGUGAUUUUGAUUGUGUUGCACCCAGAACAGACCUUGAGGCUGGCCACCCAAGCUCUGAGUCAGCUUCAUGCCCGCCCAUCCUACCACCGGCUUCGAGAGGAUAUUGUAAGGCUGUCUCGCCUUCCACUAGGUCUAGAGGCUUGGCGCAGAGUCUGGAGCCGAAGCCUACAACUGGCCAGCUGGCCAAAUCGGGGAGGAGCACCGGGAGCCCCCCAAGGUGGCCCAAGGAGGGUGUUCUCAGCCAGGAUCCAGCCACAGGAUACUCUUCCAGAAGCAGAAGAGGAGGUCAUUAGAGUAGCACCAGCUAGAGGCAGAGAGAGACUCAAUGAGGAGGAGCCCACAGCUGGGCAAGAUCCAUGGAAGUUGCUGAAGGAACAAGAAGAGCGGAAGAAAUGUGUUAUUUGCCAGGACCAGAGCAAGACGGUGCUGCUUCUGCCCUGCCGGCACCUGUGCCUGUGCCAGGCUUGCACUGAGAUCCUCAUGCGCCACCCUGUUUACCACCGCAACUGCCCGCUCUGCCGCCGCAGCAUCCUGCAGACCCUCAAUGUCUACCUCUGAAGACUCCCUCCCUGCCUGCCCAUCCUUUGUGCUCCACACCCAGGACAGCAUCAGCAUUUUGCCUCUGGGUUCUGUCCUGAGUCUUCUUUGCCCCAAAGGUGACUCUGCCAAGCCUCAAGCCAUAGAUCCAGGACUUGUAGCUGUAAGACUCCAGUCUGGGUGGGACAGAGUAACUAACACUUUCUCUAAAGACUGUGUGGGGCCCUGAGAUGCUGAGGGUGGUGAGUAUGUCACUAUGCAAGGGCCCUGAGACCCUGUGGUGGGUUCUUCUGCUGUGCCUGCCAGGGCCCACCCAGAUGCCUGCCUCUAGGGCUGUCCUUCUCUGCUUCUGGCUUUUUUUUUUUGUUGGAAUUUUUGGUCCUUUUCCCCCAGGCCAUGCUACACCAGUGUCGUUUGAGGAUUUUGGCAACUCAUGGGCCUUGGAGUGAUCUUGAUUCCUUUUUUCUCUUUUGUUUUUUGUUGGUUUGGAAUGAUCUUGAAUUUUUAUGUUCAGCCAGAGCCUCUGCCCUGGUGGGUCUGGGAGUAGAAACCCACAGGUGCCCUUAGAGCCACUUCUGCCUGUCACUGUCUUUUAAAGACUCCCAACUUGACCAGAACCUGGGGUCAGUUUAUCCCUGGAUACAGGGGUGUAGCUACACCUGGCUUUGGGACCAUUUACCCCCAGGCACCCUAGCUCCAUGGGGAGCCUUAGAAGGAACAACCAGAUGUCUACUCAUUCCCUACAUGGCAUAGAACAUAGCAUUCCUCCUGGGCUCUCUCUGGCAGUGGAGAGCAUUCUGCACUUUUCACAAGGGUCCAAACAAGGGGCUAGGCCUCAGGGGUCAUAGCUCCAUUAAGUCGGACUGCCCAGUUUCUAUGAAUAAAGAAAGUUCUGUUGACA